CCCGCUCCCCGCCCGACCCCUCGACCAUGUCCCCCAGCAAGGACGCCGGCCCCUCGCCGCCGGCGGCGCCCGCCACCGCGCCUGCCCUAACGCCCUCCCCAUUCAUGCCCAUGUACCAGAUGCGGCGGGAUGAAUGCGCGGACCUCCUCAAGCUGAUCUCCGGCGUCUCGCGCCCGCUCGAGGACGUCGUGGCGGAUUUCCUCGCCCGCGUCCCGCCCGAGCGCCGCCUCCGCUUCGGUUCCGCCAUCAAGUUUAUCCUCGAGGACAAGGUGAUGUUUCAACCAGCUGAGCGUUUAAUUGCAUUUGCAAUUCUUCAUCAAGGGUAUUCCUCACAGCUGACAAAUCCGUUUGUUCCACUCUUAAUAAAUUUUGCCUGUGACGAGAUUUCUGAGAGACCAGAACGUGUUUUUCUCCAGCUUUUGCUAACUUCAGCUAAUGGGGACAACAAUAAGGAGAUGUUGAAACAGUCUGCAGAAGAUCACUUGAAGGAGCCUUCUUAUGCAUCUCAGGUGUUGCUGCCAAGAGACCAGCUUGAAAGGCAAUGCUCCUGCAAUGAUGUACAGCUACAGACAUACACUAGUUGUGCAGCUGCUACAGUUAGAAGUGCUAUUCCUGACCCAGAUGUUUCCCAAAGCUGUGGUGAUUCAUCAGGAAUAUCACCGACCAAACUAAAUAGAGAUAAUGUGGUGACGAGUUUACUUCAACAAACACCACUCAGAGGAUUGUCUCCUCCAUGGAUUAGGCCCUCUCCCCCCAGACUUGAAAUACUUGAAGGGGAGUUGCAGUGGUUGAACCUGGACAACAACCAUGAGCCACUAUGGGAUAGUAGCAUGUGUGCUGACACUAGCCGAGGGGCUUCGAUCCGUGAUUUGGUCGGAAGAGCCUGUAAAGGACCACUUGCACCUGCCCAACAAGAGCAAGUUAUUUUAGAUUUAGCCAGGGACUGGAAGCUAGUUUAUCAUUGCGGAAUGACACCAGAGAAGCUUCCCGACCUUGUUGAACACAAUCCACUCAUUGCUGUUGAUGUUCUUUCAAAACUGAUCAAUUGUCCUGACAUGGAUUCCUAUUUCAAUGUUCUUGUGCACAUGGAAAUGAGCCUGCAUUCAAUGGAAGUUGUAAACAGGCUUACUACAGCAGUAGAUCUACCGCCAGGAUUCAUUCAUGACUACAUCUCAAAUUGUAUUCGGUCAUGCCAAAAUAUCAAGGAUAAGUACAUGCAAAACAGACUUGUGAGACUAGUUUGUGUUUUUCUACAGAGUCUCAUUCGGAACAAGAUAAUAAAUGUUGAAGAUCUAUUCAUUGAGGUACAAGCCUUCUGCAUCGCGUUUUCUCGAAUAAGAGAAGCAGCUGGUUUGUUCAGGCUUCUCAAAUCUCUAGAGUGAAGAAGGUUGUAUGAGUUACCGGAGUUCAGCUCUAUAAACAAAAAUUUCAUGCUGUACAUUCAUAGUCUUAUAAUUUCGUGUUGAUCUGCCAAUUCAGGGUUGUACUUCAUAGAUGAUAGCCCUUGUUGAUGUAUUUAUUGUCAUUAAGUUGUUCCCCUCACCUGAAGAAAGGUCAGAAGAUAUGAGGACUAUUACCCAGGCUCCGGUAGUUUGGCGGAAUCAUUUUAAUGUGGACUUAAACCACAUGUUGUUGAGGUGAGAAAAAUUAGCAAUUACCUUUAGCCUGUUGAAAGAUAGCUGAACAAUGGGCACCUGCUUCUCAGUUCAGGCUCCCGAGUACAACUAAUUGCAGAGAUAUCAUAAUUUGGAUUCAGAUGUAAAGACUAGUUGUAUUCAUUUGUGCGAUGCUUUGUUGGGUAA